AUGGCAGAGCCAGUGGCUGGGCAGCGCGGGGGCGUGGCUGUGCACAGAGAGCCUGAGCCGGGCGGCUUGCGCCUGCUGCUCUUCUUGUCCCUGGCCGACCUGCUCUCGGCCGCCUCCUACUUCUACGGGGCAUUGCGGAACUUCGCGGGGCCCUCGUGGGACUGCGUGCUGCAGGGCGCGCUGUCCUCCUUCGCCAACACCAGCUCCUUCUUCUGGACCGUGGCCAUCGCGCUCUACCUGUACCUGAGCAUCGUGCGCGCGGCGCGCGGGCCCAGGCCCGACCGCCUGUUCUGGGUCUUCCACGGUGUCAGCUGGGGCAUCCCGCUGACCAUCACCGCGGUGGCUGUCGCCCUCAAGAAGAUCGGCUACGACGCCUCGGAUGUGUCUGUGGGCUGGUGCUGGGUGGACCUGGAGGCGGAGGACCGCGUGCUGUGGAUGCUGUUGACCGGGAAGCUGUGGGAGAUGCUGGCCUACGUCACGCUGCCCGUGCUGUACCUCCUGGUCCGGAAGCACAUCAACAGAGCGGUAGGACACACAGGCGCCAGCCGGCUCCCGGGCUGAAUCCCACCCCGUGUCCCCAGUGGUAGCCCAAGCGGCCCCUGGGGACCGAGCCUGAGCCUCUCGGCCCUGCCCUCUACUGCCCCCCUGUGGACCGGACGCGGUGUUGCUCUCACUUAGGAAUUGGAAAAAGUCCAGGAUACUCCCUAGGAGAAACUCAGGGAUGUAGCUCAGGGGGGUCGUGAGCCGAUCCCCGGUACCAGAAAAAGAAACUGACAGGAAUGGAUGGUUGGGGUUUGGGUUUGGGUUUGGGCUUUGUGGUGCUGCGGUUGCUCUGAGAAUGAGGGCACACUCCUCAUAGCUCUCCCUGACCGUGAGAACCUGGCCCCUGUUCUGAAUCCACAUCUAUGUCUUCUCAAGACUUCUGGUGCUCUGUUGCUUUUUUAUUAUUAUUAUCAUUAAUUAUUAUUAUUAUAUUUAUUAUUAUGGAAAUUAUA